AGAAACAGACGAUCUGAAUAUACUGCAUGCUUCUUGGUUCCUCCUCCUCUGUUUCCCAUUUCUACGCAGAAGAAUCCUGUCAUCGUUCACAUGGUGGUGGAGCAAUGUGCAGAACAUGCUGCAGCCUCAUUUUCUUAACUGUCCUUCUUUCUCUGCAACUCGCCGAAAUGUCUGAGAUCCCCAACUGGUAUUGCAUUCCGACCCCAACCUACUCGGCGAAUAGCACCUUCAGCCACAACCUGCAGCCAGCACUGGCCUCUGUGGUAGCCAACGCUUCCAUCACCAGCUUCUAUGAUGCCACCGUGGGCAACAGCUCUGAAAAAGCCAUUGCCAUGGGCCAAUGUCGAGGUGACCUCGACGGUGAGGCUUGCCAAGUAUGCCUCUCCGAUGCUGCCACCCAGAUCACCCAGCGGUGCCCCGUGAACAGAGUGGCUAUGUUGUUCCUCCAAGGCUGCAUCUUGCACCACCAUGACGCCAACUUCACAUUACCUCAAAUAUUCGUGAAUAUAACUCAAUCGAGAAAUGAACUCAUUCCCGACCCCCAAAGAUUCAGGCCGAUACUGACUUCCUUCUUCGACAAACAGAUCGCUUCCGCCAUCAUCAACCCUUCAGGCCGCUUAUUCUGGGGCGACAAGUUCAGGUACACUCGGAACUUGACUAUAUACGGCACCGUGCAGUGCGUUCAGUACCUGUCCCCAAACCGCUGCAAAAUUUGCUUAGACAUAGUUGUCGAUCUAAUGCUCAAGAGAGUUGCAAAUACACAAGCCGCUGUAGCUUACCAUAACUUCGAGUGCGUUUUAAGAUACGACACCGUUCCCUUUUUCAUUCCCCAAUUACCUCACAAGAUUUCUCCAAGCAGCGCCGUCGCAACUAACUGCUCUCCGCCAGCAUUGAGCAACAAGGUUGGCAGCCCCUUUCACAGAAAUCUCAUGGCUCUACUCUCUUAUCUGAUAGUGCAUGCACCUACCUCUGGCUUCUACAACGAUUCCGUGGGCCUGGGCUCCAGCCAAGUAUACGGCCAGGCCUUGUGCCGAGGCGACAUCCCUGAUGACGUUUGCUGGGAGUGCACAGCCCAGGCUUCCACCAAAAUCCAGGAGUUGUGCCCCAGCAGUAGAAGAGCAAUCGUAUGGCUUGACCGUUGUCAAUUGCGCUACUCUGAUGAAAACGUCGCCGGCGUGUUAGAUGUUUAUAAUAAGGCCUGCCAACCAGCAGCGGAGAAUGCAUCGGAUCCAACCAGCUUCGAUCACAAUUUGGGAAUUCUCAUAUCCAACCUGACGUCGCUGGCAACUCAGAGCUCUGUCAAUCGCCUUUUUGCUACGGGCGUUUCCGUUCUUGCGGAAUCGAAGAGGAUCUACGCUUUGGUGCAAUGCAUGAGAGAUAUCUCUGCAGACCAAUGUGCGCUGUGCUUGCAGAACGCAAGCUCUGAUAUUGUGGGAUGUUCUAAUGGAAAGCAAGGCGGUCGCAUCCUCAGGGGCAGCUGCAGUCUGGCUUUUGGAGUGCACCCCUUCUUUCUCGGCGAUCCAACACUAUUGCUUUACCAGCACAAGCAUGGUAAUAAGCUUUUGGUGAUAGUUCUUCUCAUCUGCUUAACUGGUGGGCUCCUGCUAGUAGCAGCCUGUGCAUUGUGCUUAGUUCGGAGAAGAAUGCAACAUCUGGAGAAGCUAAAACAAAAAGAAGCAACCUCAAUCGAUACUGAGAAUGUCGAAGAGAAUGAGGAGGCAAACUAUGAUUUACCGCAGAUCAGCCUGAGGACAAUAGAAGACGCUACGGAUAAAUUUUCGGAAUCAAAUAAGCUUGGGGAAGGUGGAUAUGGUCCUGUCUAUAAGGGCAAGCUUCCUAAUGGACAGGAAGUCGCUAUGAAGAGGCUGUCUGGACGGUCUGGGCAAGGUUUGAAGGAAUUCAAGAAUGAAGUUGAGUUGAUAGUCAAACUUCAACAUGUAAACCUGGUUAGGCUCAUUGCUUGCUGCUUGGAGAAAGGGGAGAAGAUGCUCAUUUAUGAAUAUAUGCCCAAUAAAAGCCUAGAUUUCUUCCUUAAGGAUCUAGAAAGCCGUGUAUUGCUGGAUUGGGAAAAGAGGUUCAAUAUCAUAAUAGGAAUAGCAAGGGGGAUCCUUUAUCUUCACCAAGAUUCUCGACUCAAUGUCAUUCAUCGGGAUCUCAAAGCGAGCAAUGUGUUGUUAGACGAGCAAUUGAAUCCUAAAAUUUCUGACUUUGGAUUGGCAAGGAUUUUCAGCGGAGUUCAGGGACAGGCAACUACCAGUAUCAUUGUUGGUACAUAUGGAUAUAUGGCUCCAGAGUAUGCAAUGGAUGGUGUGUUUUCUACAAAAUCUGAUGUCUACAGUUUUGGCAUUUUAUUGUUUGAAAUUAUCAGUGGCCAACUGAAUUCUGCAAUCAUUUCUGCAACUCUUCAGGGUCGUGGUCUUGUUGAGCAUGCAUGGAGCUUGUGGAGCGAAGAAAAAGGGACAGAGUUCAUCGAUCCAGUCCUCAAAGACGCUGCUACUUCAACAAGUAAUCAAAUGCUACGAUGUCUGCAUAUUGGCUUUCUCUGCAUCCAGGAAGAUCCUGCAACCAGGCCAACGAUGUCAACGGUGGUUCUCAUGCUUGGGAACGAUUCGGUGGACCUUCCCUUACCCAAGCAACCUGCAUCCUUUGGGGAAAAUGUUGCAGAUUCAAGCCAACGAUGUUCUUCUGUUAUUACGUCUGUGGCUUCUGAAAUUACCACAAGGUACAUGCCACUUAGCUCCCUCUCCUCCUUUGUUUCCCAAACUUACACGGAAGCAUUCUACCAUCGUUCACACUGUGGCGACGCAAUGUGCAGAACAGGCUGCAGCUUCAUUUUCUUAAUCGCCCUUCUCCUUCUUCCAGUGCUCGUCAAGUCGGCUGAGAGUCCCUAUUGGAUUUGCAUCGGCGGCGUAAACCUGGCGAACAGCACCUUCAGUCACAACCUGCAGCAAGCACUGGCCUCUCUUGUGGCCAAUGUGUCACUCACCGGCUACUACAAUGUUACCGUAGGCAAGAGCCCCGAUCAAGUCAUAGCCGCCGUCCAGUGUCGUGGUGACAUUGACGGCGAAGCUUGCGAGGUCUGCGUCUCUGAUGCUGCCUCACAGGUCACUCUGCGAUGCCCCAGGAACAGAGUGGUUGCCGUUGUCCUCCAGAGCUGCUUCAUGUACGUCACCGAUCCCAACUUUACGAUUCCUCGAUCGUUUAUGAAUGUCUCCUUCCAGACAGCUGAAGCCGUCCCCGACCCUGAAAGAUUCAAGCCCAUGCUCACCUCCUUCUUCAACAAUCUCAUCAUUUCCGCCACCACCAACCCUUCAGGCCGCUUGUAUUGGGGAGACAGUUUCAGGUAUACUCAGAACUUGACUGUCUAUGCCAUGGCGCAGUGCCUUCAGAACCUAACACCAAAGAGCUGCAAACCUUGUUUAGACCAAGCCUUGGCUAUAAUGCUUAAAGAUGCUACAGAUACAACAAGCAGUACAGUUUUCCUUAAUAUCGAAUGUGGUGUAGGUUACGACAUCUUUCCCUUUUUCACUCCCCCACCUCACAAGAUUGCUCCAAGCAGCGCCAUUUCCAUCUCAACUAGCUGCUUCCCACCAUCGUUGAUCGACAAGGUUAGCAGCCCGUUUCAUAGAAACCUCAAGGCCUUGCUCAAUAAUUAUCUGAUAGUGUAUGCACCUUUCCCUGGCUUCUACGACGAAACCGUCGGCUUGGGCUCUAGCCAAGUUUACGGCCAAGCCUUGUGCCGAGGUGACAUCACUAAAGAUGUUUGCUGGCAUUGCAUAGCCCAGGCUUCUACCAAAAUCCAAGAGUCAUGCCCCAGCAGCAGAAGGGCAAUCAUAUGGCUCGACCUCUGCCAAUUGCGCUACUCCGACGAGAACUUUGCCGGCACAGUUGAUGUCCAGAACAGGGCAUGCCAACCAUCAGCGGAGAACACAUCGAAUCCGACGAGCUUCGAUGAGAAUUUGAGAAUCCUCAUCUCCAACUUGACCUCCAAGGCCGUGCAGAGCUCUCCCAGUCAUCUCUUUGCUACAGGAAAGUCCCUGCUUCCUUACUCACAAACGAUCUACGCUUUAGUGCAGUGCGUGAGAGACAUAUCUGCAGACCAAUGUGGGUGGUGCUUGCGGAAUGCCAGCGCUGAUAUUGACGGGUGCUUUAAUGGAAGGCAAGGCGGUCGAAUCCUCAGGGGAAGCUGUAGCCUGGCUUUUGGGAUGCAGUCCUUCUUUUCAGGCGAUCCGGCGCUGGUUUCAUCUGUGCAGCCUAAUCAUGGGCACCGCCGCCGAUGGAUGCUGGUUCUCAUUUGCUUCAUUGGUGGGCUACUGCUUACAGCAGCCUUCGCUUUUUGCUUAGUUGGGAAACUAAAACAACAUCUAGAGAAGCUAAAACAGAAAGAGACAACUCUCACUGAUACUGAGAGUGCAGAAGAGAAUGAGACAACUUUUGAUUUACCACAAAUCCGCCUGAGGACAAUACAAGAUGCUACAGAUAAAUUUUCGGAAUCAAAAAAGCUUGGAGAAGGUGGAUAUGGACCUGUCUACAAGGGGAAGCUUCCCGAUGGACAGGAAGUAGCUGUGAAGAGGCUUUCCGGACGAUCUAGGCAGGGUUUAAAGCAGUUCAGGAAUGAAGUUGAGUCGAUGGCAAAACUUCAACACACAAACCUGGUCAGGCUCAUUGGUUGCUGCUCAGAAAAAGGGGAGAAGUUGCUCAUAUAUGAAUAUAUGCCCAACAAAAGCCUUGAUUUCAUCCUAAGGGAUCCAGAAAGGCGUGCAUCGUUGGACUGGGAAAAAAGGUUCAAUAUCAUCAUAGGAAUUGCAAGGGGGAUGCUUUAUCUACACCAAGAUUCUCGACUCAACAUCAUUCAUAGGGAUCUCAAAGCUAGCAACGUGCUGUUAGACGAACAACUGCAUCCUAAGAUUUCUGACUUCGGAUUGGCAAGGAUCUUCAGUGGAGUUCAGGGACAUGCAACUACCAGUGUCAUUGUUGGUACAUAUGGAUAUAUGGCUCCAGAGUAUGCCAUGGAUGGUGUGUUUUCUACAAAAUCUGAUGUCUACAGCUUUGGUAUUUUGUUGUUGGAAAUCAUCAACGGCCAACUGAAUGCUGCAAGUUUUUGUGUUACUCCUGAUGAGAGUUGCAGCCUCGUUGACCGUGCAUGGAGAUCGUGGUGUGAAGAAAAAGGAACAGAGUUCAUCGAUCCAGUCCUCAAAGACAUUACUACUUCAACAACUGAUCAAAUGCUAAGGUGUUUGCAAAUUGGCUUGCUCUGCAUUGAAGAAGAUGCUGCAACUAGGCCAACCAUGUCAACGGUGCUUAUCAUGCUUGGGAACAAUUCUUUGGACCUUCCCGUGCCCACACAACCUGCAUUCAUCAUGGAAAAUGCUACAGAAUCAAGCCUACAACGUUCUUAUGUUAUUCGUCCUGUUGCUUAUGAAAUUACCACUUGGUAAAAGAGACAAAGCUUGCACACCAAGUGUACCUAAACAUGAAAGAGAUCGUACCAAUCUACUGGAAGCAUUUGAGAAGUAACCAUAUAUCUACUGGUUUAGACAAUUGACAAUGACUUUUCACCUGAUAGUUUAGGUCUCGCCAUUCCUCCCUUUCAUAUGUGGGCGUAGGGCCGACGAUCCUCACCCAUGGCGAAAGGUUGAUGGGGUUGUUCAAUAAUGGAAAAGAGUUGGAGGCACCACUUCAGUGAAAGGCCGGCUAGCAUCGAGAAGGAAGAACAAUGGAACCCU